AUGGGCUUCUUCCUUGCCAAUGUCGUACUUGUAUUUAGCCAACUUAAGAUUCUUGCAGUCAUUCUCACCAUGGCCACUGCAGUAUAUCUCUUCUACAAAACAAAACGUGUUUAUCUCGUUGAUUUCAUGUGUUAUCGCCCCCCUGAUGCUUACCGAGUCCCUACAUCUUCUUUCAUAGAACACAUAGAAAGAUUAGGCAAAUUCAACAGUGAGACUGUCGAGUUUCAAACUAAAGUCUUGGAAAGAUCUGGCAUUGGAAGCGAAAGCUACUUUCCAACUGGUAUUCAUCUGUUCCCGAAUGAUCAGACCCUUAAUUCAGCAGUAGAAGAAGUUGAAAUGGUACUUUUUUCAAUAACACAAAAGCUCUUUUCCAAGCACAAAAUUGACCCGAAAAGCAUUGACAUUCUCAUUACGAACUGCAGUGUCAUUUGCCCAACUCCAUCUUUAGCUUCCAUGAUCAUCAACAAGUUUGGCUUGAGAAGCAAUGUAAAGAGCUUCAACCUCUCUGGCAUGGGAUGCAGUGCCGGACUGUUAUCAGUUUCUUUGGCUAAAGACCUACUCAAAGUUCAUGAGAACUCUCUAGCUUUGAUUCUUAGUAUGGAAUCUGUUUGUUCAAAUAUCUACAAUGGAAAAGUCAAGUCCAUGUUGCUUGCCAAUUGUUUGUUUCGGAUGGGCGGUGCUGCAGUUUUGCUUUCUAAUCGAAAAAGAGACAAAAGACUGGCCAAAUAUGAACUCAAACACUUGGUCAGAACCCACAUUGGUGCCAAGGAUAGUUAUUACAAAUGUGUAAUCCAGGAGCCAGACAAGGAGGGAUUUACUGGGGUUAACUUAUCAAAAUCACUCAAGCAAGUAGCUGGGGAAGCCUUAAGAGUUAAUGUGGCUACACUUGCUGUAUUGGUACUACCCUAUUCAGAGCAAGUCAAGUACGUUUUGGUAAUCGUUUGGAAGAAAAUUUGGCCCCCAUCCAGAAAAAGGGGGCCCUAUAUACCAAACUUUAAGAAGGCAUUUGAGCAUUUUUGUAUUCAUUCAGGCGGGAAAUCGGUGAUUGAAACAGUGAAAGAGAAGCUGAAGCUGAGAGAAAAGGACAUUGAAGCCUCAAGGAUGACACUUUACAAGUUUGGGAACACAUCCUCUGCUUCAACUUGGUACUCACUUAGCUAUCUUGAGGCCAAAGGAAGAGUGAAAAGAGGGGACAGAGUUUGGCAGUUGGCUUUUGGGAGUGGGCUCAAAUGUAACAGUGCAGUUUGGAAGUGCAUCAAAAAUCUUGACCCUGAAAGUUCCAAUGUCUGGUCCGAUUGGAUCCACCGGUAUCCAGUGGAAGUUCCAGAUAUAAUAGACCAUUGA